UUCUCUUUCCGCUGUUUGUGAGCACGAAGCAGAUUGCAAGCCUCCUUUACCCUUCCUCGAGAAACUAGCUCCCGUCACUCGGAGUGUUCCCUGGCCACCAAACCUAGCCCUCCCCCAUAUCACCACGUUAUCAAGCUCGCUUGAACCAUAUUCCGCAAUGGCGCCAUUCCGGGCUGAGCACAUGGGCUCGCUCCUGCGGCCGGACAACCUGCUUGAGAUCCGGGCCAACAUCCGGGACAAGGGCGUGUCGGCCGAGGAGGCCGGCCUCCCCGCUGUCGAGAAGCAGGCCGUCGCCGAUGUCGUGGCCCUGCAGCGCGAGGCCGGCUUCAAGGCCGUCAACUCGGGCGAGUUCAACCGGACGCGCUUCUGGGGCCAGAUGUGGGACGAGUUUGAGGGCACGACGGCGCUGCAGGAGGCCGACGCGUCCAUGUUCCGCCUCUACCACCCGGACGUCGUCAGCCUCAUCGAGAAGGACCGCCACGUCAUGCCCGGCGAGUCGGUCAUCGCAAAGACCAAGCUGAGCCACGACCGGGCCAAGUCGGUGUCCAACCUGCACGAGCUCAAGCUCGUCCAGGCCGCGCUGCCCGAGAGCGAGUGGCCCAACAUCAAGCUCACCGUCAUCACCCCGGCCUGGUUCCACAUGCGCUACAAGCAGGGCCGCGCCUACACGCCCGAGGCGUACGCCAGCGACGCCGAGUACUUUGCCGACGUGGCCAAGAUGUACAACGCGGAGCUCAAGAUGCUGUACGACGCCGGCCUGCGCAACGUGCAGUUUGACGACCCGGGCAUGGCCUACUUCUGCAGCGACAAGUUCCGCGACGGCUGGGCCGCCGACCAGGACAACAUUGGCACCGUCGACGACCUGCUCGACGCCUACAUCAAGCUCUACAACGACUCUGUCCGCGGCCUGCCCGCCGACUUCCACACGGGCAUCCACCUGUGCCGCGGCAACUUUAUCGGUGGCCGCCACUUUGCCGAGGGCGGCUACGACGUGAUUGCCAAGAAGCUGUUCCAGGACCUCGAGCUCGACACCUUCUACCUCGAGUACGACACGGAGCGCGCGGGCGGCUUCGAGCCCCUCAAGUUCCUGCCCAAGGACAAGUUCGUCGUCGUCGGCGCCAUCAGCACCAAGCUGCGCGAGCUCGAGGACAAGGAGGCCACCAAGGAGCGCAUCCUCAAGGCCGCCGACUUUGUGGCCGAGGGCCGCGGCGAGUCCCGCGAGCAGGCGCUGAAGAGCGUGUGCAUCAGCCCCCAGUGCGGCUUCAGCACGCACGAGACGGGCUACCCGCUGUCGGUGGACGACCAGAAGAAGAAGCUCGGUCUCGUGCGCCAGAUUGCCGACGAGAUCUGGGGAGAGCCGUAAGGCGUGGGACCGGAACACGGCAGGUGUGCGCAAUUGGGGUGGUGAAAAAGGAGGACAAAGCAUGCAAAAAGUAAUUCUGAUCAAGAUUUCAAGAUUCAACAUCAAGAGCAUGUUGCAAGUAUGACCCAACCCGUCUCAUGCGCCUUACGUGUUGGUUUGCAGUACUUACAGCGAUUCUCAGCGGGGUUUCCGUGAGCUUUCGAUUGUGUUAUACGGGAAAAAGCAAAAGAACGCCUGAAUGUCGUGCUGGACUGAUAACUAACCAGCCCAGUGUGGUUUGAGACGGCUUUGCCUGUCCCCAAGGACAAGCCAAUGCAGGAGCGCCAGGAAGCGCCUGCUAGGUACAUAGCUGCAAGUCCCAUGCGUGCUCGA